AUGCCAACCCUAUCAGGGAUUAAACGGCUUGCUAAAGAACGCAAACAGCACCAGCAUAGGAAAUGGUGGAAGCAAGAGGCAUCCCCCCGUUAUACCCAGCUAGGGCUGAAGGCCACCCUUGGCUGCCCUCCUGAAUUAGCUCUACCAAGAGCUAUCCUUCAUCAUCUCAUAGCAGCUCGAUCGGGCCAUGGGGACUUUGAACAAUAUCAUCAACGCUUCAACCACACAGAAGCACUACUUACCUGCUCCUGCGGGGAGGCUAAGGAGGUGGACCACCUGGUCUACUGCCGAAAGACAUUAGUGAGGAGGCAACGGUGGCCUACCCUCCACCCUUAUAGUCGGCGGGAGCCUCUAGGACCUGUGGGCUCUCUAGAGCGCUAUUUUAAGGGGCUAAUCAUCGACUCAGAAGGCUUUCAGGCCUUCCUCAGCGUGACAGAUUUCUUUCAGAAGAUCUGCCCGCGGUACUAA